AGCAAAAAAACAGCAAAAAAACAGCAAAAACAGCGUCGUUUUAAGAAUGAGUGAAACAGGCAGCACCGGCGGAAACAAUUGCUACGGAAAUAAAGAUUGGCCGAAGCAUUUCCCACCUAUCCCGAGGAACCGAUUCCAGAAAACUGGUAGCGAUGCUGUGUACGAGGUGAAGGAGACGGACACGUGCCUAAUCUACAGGUUAGACUUGCCUGGGUGUCCCGCGUCAGACCUCGUCUACUGGGUCAAUGGCAACAACCUCCACUUCUUCGCCGACGAACCCGUCUUGCCCGAGUACAACCACGACGGUCGCAAAUACGGAGGCUCCAUUGUUUUCGACCCGGCGGGUUUCGUGGCGAAAGGAGCUAAGGCUAGGCUUCUCAAUGGUGUGCUCUGGAUCACUGUCCCUAAGGUCCCAGGCUCAAACAUCAAGCUUACUUUCACCGAGAAGAUGCUGAAUUUAAAUGUCACAAGAGACAACGUGGCUUGAGUCGUACGUCUUUGUUUUUAUCUGUCUCGUCUCUCUUGUCUCUUAAAUAAUGGUGUGUCUAGGUCUAGGGUUUUACGGUCUUUUUUUUUUCUCUUUCUGUUAUGGUUUUUAAUAAAUGGGUCUCUAG